AUGUCUGUUGUCCAAAAACACACCCACUCCUUACAAGAACUCAACCCGAAGAAGGAAAGCUGGAAUAUCGUUGCAAGAGUGGUAAGGUUAUGGUUUAUUGAAGAUUACACAAAAGGAAAAUCUCCAUUUUCCAUGGAAAUUGUUCUUCAAGACAAAGAGGGUGUCCUAAUCCAUGCAUAUGUUAGACGCACAUUGAUAUACAAAUUUCAGACUAAAAUCAAAGAGGAUAAGGUUUACACCAUUCAAUCUUUUAGUGUUUCAUGUAAUGGUGGUUCUUAUAGAACUACAAAUCAUGCCUAUAAGAUCAACUUCCAAUUUGCAACUAAGGUCAAUAUGGUUGAAAGUACCUUAGUUCCGAAAACUAGAACUGCAUACACCCCUUUUUCAACCAUCAAAGCUGCUGGUUUUGACACAGAUUACUUAGUUAAUGUCAUUGGAAUGUUUACUGGUGUUGGAACAGAGAGAGAGCUAGAGAAAGGUGGUAAGAAGACCAAAAUGAAUGUCAUCCUUAUUGAAGCUUAUGGUUUGCGAUUGGAGUGUACUUUAUUUGGUCAAUAUGUUGAUUUGUUAAAAGCAUUUUUGGCCUCUGGAGAGGAUCAACAUGUUGUCAUUGCUUUACAUUAUUGCAAAGUGAAGACCUUACAAGAUAAAGUUUCUAUUCAAAACUAUAUGAACUAUACGAAGAUAAUUUUUAACUGUGAUGUUGAAGAUGCAACGAAGUUGAAAAAAAUGUAUAAACUUAAACUUAGUGUAAUUGAUGCUACGGAUUCUACAACUUUUGUUGUAUUUGAUCGUGAUGCAAGUGCAAUGUUGAAGAAAUCAUGCUAUGAUAUUCUUGACUUACAAGACAAGGAUCUCUACUCUGCAAAUGAAGAAGAAAGCAAAGUAAAUGACCUAACAAAUCAAAUCUCAUCUGAUUCCAUUGCAGAGGAUUUGCUUAUCAAAUUCACAGAAGAAUCAAAUGAUGUUGAGACUCUAAGUGAUCAUUUGAACACUAUAGUAUCAAGCCAUGUUUCUGCAAAGGAAUCGUUGAAUAAUAAAGUUGUAAUUGAUGUUGAAAUUGAUGAGUUAACCCGCAAAGAAUCAUCUCAUCUGGACAAUCUUCACUUGGCUACUCAACCACCUGUCCCAGCACUUAAAAGACAUAUUCGAUCUAUGGUUCAAGAAAAUAAGAAGAUUCCAGUGAAAAUGUUGAAUAUCAAGAUUGAAAAGUGA